AUCCGCUGCUCCAUCUCGACAACAUCAAUUAAGUUUAGGUAUAACCUCACCAUUCAUCCACUAACAAAACAUCCAGUUUGAGUAUACUAUAGAUCUUGUUCCUCGCUUUCUUGGAUUUCCACAAAUCAUCAGAAUCAACCGUCAAAAUGCCAGGUGUUCCUUUCGACGCGUUCACCAACCUGAAGGCGAAGCUCAGGGCUGCCUUCAAGAAGCCCACUGAGAAGAGGGCGUCCAAGCCCGUCGACCAUGCUAAGCCUACCGAGGAUGCUGCCGAUGCUGCUCAGCACGACCCCGUUGCCGCUGCCGCUCCUCCUGCUCCUGUCGAGGACGCCAGCAAGCCCGCCCCUGCUGCCGCCCCUGCUCCCGAUGCCGUCGAGCUAGCUGCCAACGAGGCCCCUCAAGAAGCCCCCAAGGAGGCCGCCAAGGAGGAGACUCCCGCUGCCGCCCCCGCCGCCGCCCCCGUCGAGGUUUCCGCCGAGCCUCCCGCUGCCAAGGCUGCCCCCGUCGAGAGCGACGCCCCCGCCGUCGUUGCUGCUCCUGCCGAGGAGAAGAAGGAGGAGGAGGAGGAGGAGGAAGCUGCUGCUGCUCCUAGUGAGAACACCCCCAUUCCUAGCGUAACCCCCGCUCCUGCGGUAGAAGCCCCCGAGGUGGCCGCUGCCCCUGAGGUCGCUGUUCCCGAGCAGAAGAAGGAGGAGGAGGUUUCUUCUCUUCCCGAGGUUGUCAGCAGCCCCUUCGAAAUCCCCGAGAUCGCCGCCCCCGAGUUUGCUGGUGCUCCGGUCGCUGCUGCUACCGAGGCUGCCGCUGUGCCCGUGGCCGUCGUUGAUGAGAAGGAGGCUGUUGCUGUCCCCGCUGUUCACGAAGUCAAGAAGGUUGUGGAGGAGGCUUCCGCUGCCCCUGCUGAGACUGAGACUCCUGCUCCUGUAGCUGCCGUCGCCGAGCCUCCCGCUGCCGUCGCCGCUCCCGCCGAGACUGCUGCCCCCGCCGUUGUCGCCGCCCCCGCCGCCCCCGUUGCCGAGGAGAAGGAGGAGGAGAAGAAGGAGGAGGCUGCUGCUACCACCGCUUAAACGACAUGAUGACUGGAUCAUUAUGGAUUUCGAUACGCGCGAGUGCGACACAAUGUGUUUGAAGGCGGGGUGCGAUUAGCCGGACUUGAGUUCGAAUGGAGUGUACGGCGGAUUUGGAUGGGCUUGGCUAUACCGAGGAUGAAAACGGAGGGAGGGAGGUCGAGGCGUUGCAGGAUUGGACCGGGAUACGCUCUGUUUCGGUGUCCCCUCAUGUGUUUCUACGCUGUCAUGUUUCGGUACUGCGUCAUGUUGGCGGGAUAUGUGUUACCGACGAUACCAGGGUCUGAUUCCCUUUUUUAAUUAGUUUCUGAUACCCAACUAUUACUUGUCACCUAUUUACGUUCACGGAGAC